AAAAAAUAAUAUCACAUUGCGACGGUAGGAAGCGAAUUGCGACAACCACGAGUCUUUUGCAAAUUAUUCUGUUGGCGGCGCGUUGAUCAAUUGGUGAAAGGUUGUAAAGUAUAAAACAUAAAAACAGCGCGCAGCUCCGUGUAGACACGAUGCGGGUGCCGCUGCUGUGGCUGCUGGUGCUGGGGGGCGCCGCCGCCUUCCACGCUGAUGAUGAAGAGGAUCCCGCGUGGGUGGACCAGGAGAACUACCACUACAGACCGCGGCGCGAGGUCUACUACGAGCCAGAAGAUGAAUACGAGGACGAGGAAUCAGUGUACAGGUCACGCCGCUCCUUCGACGAGGAAAGCCACGUGCAGUACGAGCCUGAGGAUGAAGAGCACGUGAGGGUGAAGCGCUGUGAGGACACGCGCCGCCGCAGAUCAGCGCAGUACGUGCGCAGGCCGCGGCAACUGCACCAGUAUGAAGUCAACGAGUUCACUGACGAGGGGGCCGAGCCCUCGUCUCCGCCGUACGAGGAGUUGCUGGCGGCCAGCGCCGAGCACUACCACCAGGUGCACGCCCCGCCCGCCGCCAGAUACCUGCCCGACGACGAAAAGAACUACGACCACUCCAAACACAUAGACAAGGGCUCUAAAGGCCACAAGUCCAACGAGAAUCACCGCAAGGAGUUCGAGGAAGCCGAGGGGCUGAAGAAGAAGCACCACGACCAGGCUGGCCACAAGGGCUUCCAUGAGGAACAAGCGGCCGGCCAUCGGGGGUCCAAGUUCGAUGAGAAGAAAGGGCAUAAGAAGGGACAUAAGACUAAAGGCUACCACAACAAGUACCACAAGGACGAGUUCCACAAGGAGCACAAGUUCUACGACGACUACCACAAGUCGGGCGAGCACCACCGCUACGGCAAGUUCCACGCGAAGCACGCCAGUGAUGAGAGCGGGAAGAAGAAGGCGCACCAUGUCAACGCUGGACAUGACUUCGUGGAGCGAGGGAAGAAGGGAUACAGCAACAAAGGCAACCUGGACUCCAACCACCAGGGGCACAAGGCCAAGCACGGGCACGAGGAGCAUCAUCAGCACCACGAGGACCACGGCAGGAAGGGGGGCAAGGAGGGGGGGAGACACUGGGGGUACAAGAAGAACUAGGCACCUAGUGAACCGCCGCGGAAGUCUAUGCUCGAUUGUAAAGCGACUCAUCUCGCGAGCGUGUGAAUUUUCGAGUAGGCUUCACGGUUAUAGGUACCUGCAUGUAAAGUAACUACUUAAUACAGGGUAAAUGUAAAUAUUCCCAGUUUUUACACUUGAAAUUAAUACGUAACAAGGAUUCUGUCUCAUAAUGGUUUAUCUAUGUGAUAAAAAUAUGCAGACACUUUCUGAAAUGAAGUUUUCUACAGCACGAUUUAUUUCACAAAGAUAAUCAUUAUCCAGAUUUUGUGAAGCAGGGUCUUAGAACUGUCAUUUAACUCCUAUUAUUUAAUCCCUAUCCCCAGGAUUGUCAGGCUAUAGCCACUAGUAGGUUCACUAGGUCUAUGAUUUGGGCUAGUAGAACAGUGCUGUUCUAGCGAUAGUAGUUAGUAUUAUUGUUCUAGAUCAGCCAAGAAACUGCUGCGAUUGAUAUCUUGCCAAGAAGAGUAGAGUAUUGUAUUUUAUUACUCUGUCUCAUACAUAAACAAGUUUUUAACAUAUUAUAAUAUUGUAUAAGUAGUCCGAUGUU